AUGUCUAUAUUGCUCUAGUUUCUAUCAUGAAAGAAUUAUCGAUCUUGAGAACAUUAUACCUAAUUGUUAUUUUUUCAAUUUUCAGCAUUAAUGCUAUUUAAAAUGUAAAAGUAAGUUGUGUUGGAUUUGAACAAAUUUAUUCAAACUGAUUUUCUUAGUAUAUCACCUUCGUAAACAUUACUGUCAUGGGAGAUAUACAACCAGAAGUAAAUUCAACUACAUCCGACCCAUCAUUUCAGGAAGAAAUAUCAAAUCAAUUACCAAUCCAAGAAUGUGCGGACCAGAGACAGAAUGAUAAAAAUAGCCAAAAACCAACACCUGAUGUCCCGAAUUCUUUGAUCAAUGAACCGAAUCAGAAAGGAAGUAAUUCCUGCGUUCGCUGUGAAGGCAAUUGCAAAAGAGCAUGCAUUGCUGCAGGCCGCCCAGAAUCUGCUAGAGCCGCUGAACAAGUCGUCAACGGAGAUUCAGACUCGGAUUCAACUGGAGACUAUGUACGUAACAGGUCAUCACAACCACAAGAUGUUUCUCAAGGACCCCAUUUAGCGGAAAUUGAACAGGAAGAACAAAAAAAUAGGUGCGAAAACAACGAUGGUUCUUAAUGUUGCUGAUCAAUCCGAAGACGAAUCGAGAAACGACACGGACAAACAACAAUAAAAAUAGUAUAUUUUGUAAAACAAAAGGAAUAUAUGUAGUAAUAAAACAAUAAAAUGUUAUUUAUUGUAACUCUGUAAGUGUAAUAUAACAAAUUCUAACUAUUUUCUACUACGUUGUGAUAAUUAAAAUUUAUUUGAUAUAAUUUGAUACAAAUCUGUUUUCGCUAUUACUUGCAUUAUCAAGAACAGUUAUUUCUGCUGCGUUGUGGUGUCAUUUGUCAUGUUGGAAACAUAAGUUUUAUGAAUUUGACGAUGAUAUUCAAUACUUGUUCAUUACAGUUAGAGGCUGUGUCAAAUUUUUGUGCACAACGGUUUUAAAUUUAAUGUUUUCUUUAUAGAACUUUGGGAUACAUACUAAAACAUUUGCAAAAGUUGCUUCAGAUUUAGACUAUUUGAUGCCCAUACUGGACUUGUUCUCAAUAGUACAUAUUUAUUACGAAUUUGAGCAGUACUAACAAUGAUGGGAAGUCAUGUAGUACUAAAAUUUAAAUUUUGUAAUUGUUCCUCUGUGUCUGCUUUGUAAUUCUGUAUUUGCCAAAAGUAUUCAGUUCACAAAAGUUUACUGACCUCAUUGCGUAAAUGUUGAAUCCCCCGAAAAUUGUCAGGAAAACAUUCGAGAACAAAGAGCUCAAUGGAUAAUAUGAAGGAAGUAAUAACCAUCUGUUUGAAUUCGUAUUGGAUAAACUGAAAAAUCACAUGAGGGGUGUUUUUCUGGGUUCAUAAUAUAUAACUCAAUCAAGCUUAAUUUCCGGAAAAGCUCAAAAUUGCAUUCCGUAAUAGCGAUGUAAGAAUCUGUGAAUAAAAAAACUCACAACAACUCCCAAAACCACACAUUAAAAGUGCAAAACUAAUUCUGCAUCUGUCAGAUUUUCAUAUUAUAUAUCUUGUUUAUCCUAAAUACGUGUACUACACUGCAACCAUAACUAUAGGUUUACAAUUGUAACUUAUGGUCGAGUAUGAGAUUCUAUUGAAGAGUUUCUUUGUCACUCAGUUCUGUGAUGUUUUGUAAUGACGUCAUCUUUUCAUUUUUAUUAUAAGACCCCAUUUAAAGUUAUGUUGAAUAUUACAGUGUCUUUAAAUCUAUUCAGAGAAUGUUUUCAACCAACAGAGGUUGUAGAUAAAAAUCAGUCUACGUAGCUUCGCAUUCUACUUUGAAAUAGUUGUAAUGAAUUCUUUUUAAUAGAUACAUUUAGUUUUCA